AUGGGAGAGCGAGGACAAAGGCGCGUAUGGGACUGUUGUUUCUGGACACUGUAUUUCUUUUUGUUGCUACGUAGCGGGGAGCAUGUUUCAGCUCAGAUACGAUACUCCAUACCAGAGGAGAACAAAGAGGGAUCGGUUGUUGGACAUAUUGCGAAAGAUUUGGGGUUAGAUGUUACCACUUUGGUGAAUAGAAGAUUACGCAUCGUUUCCGGCACCGAGGACUCUCUUUUCCAGGUAAAUGAGAACAAUGGGGACCUGCUCGUCAGUAAGACUAUUGAUAGAGAGGCCAUUUGCGAUGGGCAAAGCGCUUGCCUGAUGAAUCUAAAAAUGAUUGUCGAUAACCCUCUGGAAAUACAUUAUGUUGCGGUUGAAAUCACGGAUGUCAAUGACCAUUCCCCCAGUUUUCCUGAAAAGGAGAAACGACUCGAGAUAGCCGAGAACAGAUUACCGGGAGCAAGAUUUCAGCUUCAAGCAGCACGCGACCCAGACAUUGGAAUGAACAGUGUGCAGUCAUACAAAUUGAGCCAAAAUGAUAACUUUGAGCUAAAGCUAUUAGAGAGAAGCAAAGUGAAAAUCCCGUACUUAGUGCUAAAGAAACCCCUUGAUAGAGAAACCAAAGCCGAGCACAGCUUUUGUUUAACGGCGUAUGAUGGGGGCACUCCCCCUAGAUCAGGAACUCUGAAUGUAACAGUAACGGUCCUUGACAUAAAUGACAAUCCACCAGUUUUUAGUCAAGAGCUUUACACUGUGACUAUACCAGAAAAUGCUGAAUUUGGAACUGUUGUAUUAGCAGUUACAGCGACUGAUAUUGACAAGGACGCAAAUGGCGAGUUAGAAUACAUUAUGGGCACAGACUUAGACCCAGCACUAUUCGAGAAAUUUGAUUUAGACAGUGUAACCGGUGAGAUACGAAUAAAAGGCGCCCUUGAUUAUGAAGUCACUGACCUGUAUAAACUAGAUAUUCAAGCAAUAGACAAGGGCCAACCACCUCUGAAUGCCGAAUGCGGUGUUAAUAUUAAAAUACUAGAUGUGAACGAUAAUGCCCCAGUUAUUGAAGUAACAUCACUCUCUACUCAAGUUUCUGAAGACGCAAAACCUGGUACAGUUAUUUCACUUAUUAGCAUAAUAGACAAAGAUUCAGGAAUGAACGGAAAAGUAGUAUGCAGUCUGUCUGGGGAUGUGCCAUUUGAGCUGAAAGCGUCAGUGCAGGAUAACAUGUUUUCCCUCGUCACAAAACGCAGUCUUGACAGAGAGAGCCUGUCAUACUAUGACAUCACCAUAAAUGCGUUCGAUUUGGGUCAGCCAGCACUUUCCACAUUCAAAACGUUGAGUGUCCAGAUAUCAGACGUGAAUGACAACUGUCCAGAGUUCCAGCAGAAUCCUCUUGAACUUUACAUGUAUGAAAACAACGUACCAGGUGCGUCCAUCUUUUCUGUAACUGCAACAGAUAAAGACGUAGAUGAGAAUGCUGCAAUAUCCUAUCAAAUUGCCAGGGGUGGCCACAGCGAAAUGACAUCAUUUCUCAACAUCAACGCAGAUAGCGGGGCUAUUAGUGCGCUCAAAAGUUUUGACUUUGAAGCUGUUAAAAUGUUCAAUUUCUGCGUAAUAGCAAAGGACGCUGGACAUCCUUCUUUAAGCAGCAAUGUAACUAUACAUGUUUUUAUUCUGGAUCGGAACGACAACACUCCGGUCAUCUUGUCCCCAGUAAGUGCAAACGGAUCAGCUGAGGGCACUGUUGAAAUCCCGCGCAAUGCCAACCAGGGAUAUUUGGUCACUAAAGUGAGGGCGUCAGACGCUGACAUCGGAUACAACGGAUGGUUAUUAUUUUCAAUACAAGAGGUUGCCGACCACACGCUGUUUGGUCUGGACCGUUAUACUGGACAGAUACGAAUGCUGCGCGCCUUUGCAGAGACUGACGAAAGUGAGCACAAACUGACUGUGGUUGUGAAAGACAAUGGCAACGUGUCGCUAUCAGCAACAGCCACUGUGCUUGUCAGAGUGGUGGAGCCAAUGGAGGCCUUUGCAGCCUCUGAUAUUAAAAGUUCCCAGAACGUCGAGGAGGAAAACGACAUGGCAUUUUACCUAAUGAUAACGCUUGGAGCUGUGUCCAUACUUUUUGUGAUAAGCUUAGCUGUCCUGAUUGCCAUGCAGUGUUCCAAACAAGCGGACUACUCGUCCAAGUACUUGCAGGACACGAACUAUGAUGGAACUUUAUGCCACAGCAUCCAGUACAGAUCUGGAGACAAGAGGUACAUGCUGGUUGGACCCAGAAUGAGUAUUGGCUCCAAUAUAGUUCCUGGCAGUAAUGCGAAUACUCUGGUUGUACCUGAUCGCAGGAGUAGAACUUCUGUUGAGUCGCACAAUGAAAGCGUAACGGGGCAGUGCGGUGCUGAAGAAAAUGCUUUGACAGUCGGAUGGGAUUUGUACUACAACAUGAUCUUCCUCCUGUAA